AUGGCAGCAACGCAGUCGCAGCAGCCACCAACAACAACGCAGACGGAACCGUCGCUGCCCGAGGUCCGCUCCCGCCCUUCCUUCUACUACUACAAUCCGUAUGAAAAGCGUGUACUUGAGGUUCCAUUGACAAAUUUCGAUGCGUUCAUAUCGCUGCUGAAGUGCGUGAUCGGCACGGGAGUCUUGGCCAUGCCUUUGGCUUUUCGCCACUCGGGUAUUGUGGCUGGAGCGGUGAUAUCGCUGCUGCUUAUGAUCUUGCUGACAUAUAGCAUACAUCUGCUGAUCAGUGGCAUGACCGAAUGCUGUCGUCGCAUACGAGUACCUCAAGUCUCCAUGCCCGAGGCCAUACAGAUUGCCUACGAGCAGGGGCCAAAGUGCUUACACUGGCUGGCCCACACAGCCAGUGUGAUGACCAGCUGUGUGCUGGUGAUUGGCCAAUUCGGACUGUGCACGGUCUAUUUGGUUUUUGUGGCCAAGAACUUCAAGGAGAUCGGCGACUUUUACUUUCGUAACGUGAGCGAAAGGUUUUAUGUAAUAGGCGCUUGCUUUUUGCUCUUCCCCCUGCUUAUGAUUCGCAAGCUUAAGUAUCUGGUGCCGCUGAAUUUGCUCUCUAAUGUGCUGCUUUAUUUGGGAUUUGCGUGCAUAAUGUACUAUUUGGUUCGAGGUCUGCCCAACAUUGAUUCGCGUGUGCUAUCGACUCAUCCGUACGAAUGGGUUCUCUUCUUUGGCAUUGCAGCGUUCUCGCUAACUGCUGUUGGCUCGAUGCUUGUUGUCGAGGCCAAUAUGGCGCAUCCGCAACAAUAUUUGGGCACAUUCGGUGUUCUUAACCUGGCCGUAUUUUUCAUUCUCUUCUCCAAUGUGUGCUUUGGCAUCAUGGGCUAUUGGCGAUAUGGCGAUCAAGUCCAGGCCAGUGUGACGUUAAACAUACCGCAAGACGAAAUAAUCUCGCAGCUCAUCAAGGUCACUAUAGCCAGCGGCAUCUUUUUGAGUUAUCCACUGAAUGCUUUUGUUGCAAUAACCGUGAUUUUCAGCGAAUACGCGAAUGAGGGUGAAUUGCAAAAGUCCAACCAUUGCACGGAGUAUAUCACACGUACCAUAUUUCUGGUGCUGACGGGCGUAGUAGCUGUGAUAGUUCCCAACCUGGCGGCGCUUACAGCAUUAGAAGGAGCAUUUUCUCUAUCAAAUCUGAAUCUAUUUUGUCCAGCAUUAAUAGAUAUGUUUCUCAAUUAUGAUAUCGGUUAUGGUAGGCUGUACUGGAAGUUGUUCAGGGACAUUGCGCUCAUCGUAUGUGGCAUUUCUUUUGGUAUGGUCGGUUGUUCUGUGGCUUUGAAGCAGUUAAUAGACGACCUUAUGGUCACUAUGAAGGCAAUGAAGAUGUAGAUUGAGGA